AACAACUUCAACGACGGCAGCGACUCCUUUUCCUUUUCCUCUGCCUCCUCCUCCUCCUCCUCAAAUACAUACUCCUCCGUCCACGGCUUUAUGAUUUGAUACCCAAUGUAGCACUAGCCAGCUCCACAUUCCAAACUAGAACAACUGUCCUCCCCCUCCUGGAAUGGCGACGAAUGUAUACUCUUUUUCUUAGGCGCCCCAGAGAGAAAGCCCUCAGAAACACAACGACGAGCAACACCACGUCCUCCACAAAGAAUGACUGCGGGCCCCCGAGAAUCAAGAUGGCCCGUCAGCAACGCGUCCAGAGAUUCGCUUGAGUUAGCCUCCCUCGCCUCCUCGUCCGGCCAGCAUAGCGGCGACGAAGGAGAGACAGGAAGCUCCAACUCCCGCUCCUCGUCCCCCUCUGGCAUCUCCUCCUCCCGCAAAGCCUCUCUCGAGAACCAAGACCCGUUCUCCGACCCCCUCUACGAACCUACGCGCUCAAGACAUGCACGAUCCUACUCCGUUUCCUCUGCCUUUGACUUUGGCAGUAACCUUUUCCCCCUCUCGCAGACCGUGGGCGGCUAUGCCCCGCUCGGUGGUCCCUCCGCCCUCUCUCUAGACGGUCACAAUGGCGUCAUCGACGGCUCGCUGGAAAGACGCAAGACACUGACAUAUUUGAAUGGCCUGUCGUUGAUAAUCGGACUGGUGAUCGGAUCGGGCAUCUUCUCGUCCCCGGGUCGCGUCAACGCAAAUGCGGGAUCCCCCGGUGCCUCGUUGAUUGUGUGGGCGGUUGCGGGCCUGUUGGCCUGGACCGGCGGCGCGAGUUAUGCGGAACUAGGCGGUGCGAUACCCCUGAAUGGCGGUGCGCAGGUGUACCUGGCCAAGAUAUUUGGGGAGCUGAUCGGUUUCUUGUUUACCUGGUCUGCCGUGUUUGUGCUGAAACCAGGCUCCGCGGCCAUCAUCUCGAUCAUAUUUGGCGAAUAUGUUGUGCGGGCGAUCGUUGGUGCGGACGUCGAAUUUAUUAGCCCUUGGGUUAAUAAGGGGGUGGCCAUUCUGGGCCUUUUGAUCGUAACGGGUCUAAACUGCAUAUCUACCCGCCUGGGUACGCGCAUCGGGGACGUGUUUAUGUUUUUCAAGUUUUUGGCCCUCCUCGGGGUUACCAUUAUCGGGAUCGUUGUUGCUACUACAGGGCUGUCAUAUAAGGGUGAGCCAGAGCGGGAAUGGCGGACGACAGGCUGGUUCGAGGGUACCAGCACCGAUGUCUCAGGCUGGGCGGUAGCGUUAUAUGCAGGUUUAUGGGCAUUUGACGGGUGGGAUAACACAAAUUACGUGACGGGAGAAUUCAAGAAUCCCAGCCGCGACCUUCCCCGAGCAAUCCACACUGCCAUGCCCGCCGUCAUCCUCUGCUACAUGCUCGCGAACAUCUCCUACUUCUUCGUCCUACCCUCGUCAACCAUCAACGCAACCAACACCGUGGCCGUCCAAUUCGGCGGGAAAGUCUUCGGCCCCAUCGGCGCCCUAGUGCUCGCUCUCGUUGUCUCCGCCAGCUGCUUCGGCGCCCUAAACGCCACCGCCUUUACCUCCGGCAGACUCGUCUACGCCGCAGGGCGCGAAGGCUACCUGCCGUCGAUCUUCGGGAAGAUCGGCAUAGCAGGCUCCGCCGCCAGUGCAACAGGGUUGCGGCUCCGCCAUCGCUCCUGGUUCCGCGAGGCCCUCAUCCGCGUCUUCGGCGACGACGUCGGAAUCGGCUACACGCCCAUCUACGCCAUGAUGUUCAACUUCACGCUGACAACUAUCUACAUCUCCGUCGGCGAGUUUGCGACCCUGGUCACCUUCUAUGGCGUGGCGGGGUACACGUUUUAUUUCCUUACGGUGCUGGGGCUGAUUGUGCUGCGGAUCCGGGAGCCGCACCUGGAGCGGCCGUAUAAGACGUGGAUUACGACGCCCAUUAUCUUUUGUUGCGUGAGCUUGUUUCUGCUGAGUCGGGCGGUGUUUGCGGAGCCGCUGCAGACCCUCCUUGUACUUGGAUUUAACGUCGCGGGAGUUCCGGUGUAUUUUUGGAGGAUUAGAAAAAGAGAUGGGAAGAAUCUGCUCAACAUGGAAGCGGGUUGGUGGAAGUUUUGGAAGAGGCGGGGCCGUUCGUGA